UGUUCACCUUCCUCUCGUCGCCUUAAACGUGUCAUUCAUUUGCCUUUUCAUGAAAGCACAACAACAUAUGUGACCGACGAGUCCUUUUGGCGCCGGUGGCGAACGCCAGAGAGGAGGGGAGGGCGCUUCAUGGGCUUCUUUAUAAUAGCGCCGAGUGCACCGAGUUCACGUGUCCGUAAAAGGCGGCACGACAUGACUACAUUAGCCUAGCUUCCGUAAAGAAAGCUACGCCGCCACUAUCAAGCAACAACAACACCAAAAAAAGAAAAGAUGUCUGCCUCUUUAAAGUGUUAGCUAUGCUGUGAAGUCGGGCUGCUCCGUCAAAACUGUUCGUGUGAGCGACUUCCUCCUUUCCUUCACACAGGCAGCGGGCACUCAGAGGACGAGCGUGGCCGAGGUGAGAGUGGCGACGGGCGGCCACGGUAGAGCCACAGGAGUCGCGAAGAAGAAGUAGGAGAACCAGGGGUCCGAGUUCCUUUGAAUCGGCAAACUUUAUUGGUCGUCUGAAGAGGACACUUCAUCACCGUGCAUGGAAUAACAACGUACGGGAACUUGGUGCUACUUACCAUCUCCACCACUGUACCGUUGAUGAAGAGUGGAGCGUGGCUGGGUUGGUGCUUCCUGAAGUCGACGAUGAUCUCCUUGGUCUUCUCGACGUUCAGGACCAGACUCCUCUCACUGGCACUUUCUGCAAUCCAUAGCAGAAGUCUCCUGGUCCAAUAUGUCGCAGUUGCUCCACGUAGAGAUCCCAAACUUUGGAGCCACGGUUCUGGGCUCCCUUAACGAGCAGCGCUUGUUGGGACACUACUGUGAUGUCUCCAUCCUGGUCAAAGGCCAGGCUUUCAAAGCCCACAGGGCUGUCCUGGCUGCCAGCAGCCUCUACUUCCGCGAUCUCUUCAGCACCUCCACCAAGACCCAGUUCGAGCUGCCCUCCUCGGUCACACCAGCCUGCUUCGAGCAGAUCCUCUCCUUCUGCUACACGGGGAAGCUAACCAUGGCGGCCAGCGAACAGCUGGUGGUCAUGUACACGGCGGGCUACCUUCAAAUCCAGCACAUAGUGGAAAGAGGCAUGGACCUGAUGUUCAAGGCCAACUCGCCCCACUGUGACUCACAAACGGCAGGCUCCUUAGAAGAGACGGGAUCCGAGCCACAGAGUCCUUGCAAUAAUGGCAGUGGCUUGGCGGUGGCCGCCCUUUUGGCCAACCCCGGCUGGUCUCCGUCUCUACUCAUGCCGCCCCGGAAGAUUAAACUAGAGGGGGGUGAGCCCACGCCGCUCACACUACCAUCAACGCAUAGCAAAAUCUCAUCAUCAGAGCUGGGGAGUCGGUUGGCGAGGGCCAGUUCGUUGUUCUACACGACGGCUGGAGGGACCACCAUACCUGGCGUGCCCCCUUACCACCUACUGGGGGCUGGAGGGGCGGGAGGUGAAAGGUCAAGUCCUGGUGAAUCCAGUUUACCAACUACUGACAGUCCAACAUCAUACCAAAAUGAAGAUGAAGAGUUUGAGGAGGAGCCUUAUGACGGGAUCACAGAGGACGGCUACAGUCACAUCUACGGGCGUUCAGCUAACCCCUUUGGAAUCCCGGACAAGCCCGACAUGGCGGGAGUGCCACUGGCCUUGGAGAACCGCAACUGCGUGCUGAUCCGUCGAGACCUGGUGGCGCUGCCCGCCAGCCUGAUCAGCCAGAUAGGCUACCGCUGCCACCCUAAGCUCUACACUGAGGGCGACCCCGGGGAGAAGUUGGAACUGGUUGCUGGUACACAGGUGUUCAUGACUCGAGGACAACUCAUGAACUGUCACCUCUGCGCCGGCAUCAAACACAAAGUUUUGCUGCGUCGUCUCCUAGCAACCUUCUUUGAUAGAAACACUUUAGCCAACAGCUGUGGGACGGGUAUCCGCUCCUCCACCAGCGACCCCAGUAGGAAACCCCUGGACAGCAGGGUCCUCAACGCUGUCAAACUCUACUGUCAGAAUUUCAACCCCAACUUCAAGGAGAGUGAAAUGAAUGUGAUUGCUGCUGACAUGUGCACAAACGCACGGCGCGUCCGCAAGCGAUGGCUGCCCAAGAUCAAGUCCAUGCUGCCCGACGGCAUGGAGGUGUACCGCGCCGGCAUGGCAAUGGCCGGCGCCCCCGCGGGCCUGGGGCUGGGCCUCGGCGCCAUCCCCCAACAAGGGGUUCCCCUCCCCUUCGAGCCCGACUUCAAGACCUUUGAGCAGAGGCUGUAUCCCGACCGUAAGGACCCUCUGAGGACUCAUCCACCGCUAGCCGACGGAAGCCCAGGCUCGGCGACGGCGGGAGCGGAGGCGGAAGCCGCAGGGGGUGGAGCUCAGGAGGAGCAGGAUGAGGAUGAAGAUGAAGCCGGCUUAGGGACCGUCAACGGAUCACUGGCGGCGCCCGCCUUGAUUCCCGGCACUGAGGCGGGCGCUUGCGGCGACGCCUCGUCCGAGCAGGAAGGUUUCGGACAAGGCCUGAGGCAACUCUCCUCCACUGUGCUUCCUCCAGAGAAAAUAUCCAGUGCAAGAAGCUUGUGAUCUGACGCCACAGGAAUUGGUCACACUGAGGUGAAUGUGUACACGUAACGAUACACGUACAAAGCGGUCCAAGCAAACAUAGGCAUGGCAUCCAGAUAGUCGCUCGCAGUGUUGACCGAAUUGAAUCUCACCCAAUUCGCUACUUUUUGGACACAAAGGCAAUUCUCUUGUCUGCGGUUUAUCGACUGUCCAAAUGUAUCCCCAAUUCCUUAUUUCUUUGGAAUAUACGUCAUUGAUGCUAAUUAAAGUUAAAGUACCACUGAUAGUCACACACACACACACUAGGUGUGGUGAAAUUAUCCUCUGCAUUUGACCCAUUCCCUUGUUCCACCCCCUGGGAGGUGAGGGGAGCAGUGAGCAGCAGUGGUGGCCACGCUCAGGAAUAAUUUUGGUGAUUGGUGAUGACAAAUACGCUAAUGUGUAUUUGAAUAUAUUACAUUUCAAAUAGUACACAUUAGCAUCAAGCAGAGAAACAUUAUUUGCCUCCUGAGCGUAUUUAACAGUUUACUGCAUCCUACUGGAGGACACAUUCGUCCGUUCUCAAUGUUUUUUGUCCGCAAAACACAAGUCACAGUUUUCUAUGUCACGCCUUCAUAUUCAGUGUUACUGUAACAAUAUCUAAAAUCUCAACAUGGGCCAUAAUUGUAUUUUCUUUCUUUAAUUAUGAUAAAAUAGUGACUACGUUUACAGUAGAUAUACUACAAAAGAGUUAUACGGUCACAUUAUAAACACAAAAAAAUUAUUGUACGACAAAAAUAAAGUCACAACAUUACGAGAAAAACUAAAUUAUAUUCUGAGUACUUUUUCGAGGAAUAAAAAAGUUGCAAAAAUUUGAGAGCAAACAUUUUUUAAAGUGCUGUCAACUGUUUAUUUUUUUAAAUCCGAUUAAUCACACUUUUCGAUUUGCAUUAAUCAUGAUUAAUCACAGUAAAUGACUCGCUUACAUAGUUUAAAUUAACAAAAAAAAACACCCCAAUAUUUUUACAUAUGGAAAAAAAAAUGUUCUAAGAAUGUCACAUGCAAACAUUUUUUAAAUGUUUUACUUGAAUAUAUGUCAUUUAUUUGCUCAAAACCUGCUAACCAUUUUAUCUGAAGUACUGGAAUUAUUUUGGGGUGAAAUUUGGCAGCAAGCACACAGUUGGAGUCUCCUAACUCAUCUCAACUCACGCCACUUUUAAAUUAACCAACCGCGGUUUACGUAAAGGAGCAUGUGUGCUCAAAAUAAAUUGUGUGAUUAAUCUGCAAUUAUUUAUGAUAAAUGCGAUUUUUUUUUUUUUUUUUGAUCAAUCACGAGUUAACUCAUUAUUUUUGACUGCUUCAAUUUUUUUAUAUAUUAUUUAGGGCUGUCAAAUUUAAGGAGUUAGUUUUAUUUCACGGCGUGGCGAAGUUGGUAGAGUGGCCGUGCCAGCAAUCGGAGGGUUGCUGGUUACUGGGGUUCAAUCCCCACCUUCUACCAUCCUUGUCACGUCCGUUGUGUCCUUGGGCAAGACACUUCACCCUUGCUCCUGAUGGCUGCUGGUUAGCGCCUUGCAUGGCAGCUCCCGCCAUCAGUGUGUGAAUGUGGAAAUACUGUCAAAGCGCUUUGAGUACCUUGAAGGUAGAAAAGCGCUAUACAAGCAUAACCCAUUUAUUUAUCAUUUAUGUGAUUAAUCACAUAUAUUUGUCGCAAUAAUUACGUAUAAACGCAGCACAACCAUUUUAAAAUCGCAGCUGCUGGCAAGGAUGCUAUUAGUUCUUCAUCGCUGGAAAACCUGCAGCAACAAAAUACCACAAAUAAGUUAAGCAACGCUUUUGUAGCAACUGUGAUUAAUUAUGAUUAAUCCAGAUUUAAAAAUCUGAUUAAGAAAAUGAUUCAUUUGACAGCACUAAUAUUUUUAUCUAAGCUGUAUUUUUUUUUUUUUUUAAGUUACUACCUAAUAAAAAUAAAGUUAUAACCUAAGCUGACUGAAUCAGUAUUUAUUUUUUCAAAAAAAGUUUGCAAUCAUAGGAUUUUUUUACGUUAUCUCCUUAUGAUACAUUUACAAUCGAAAGUAGUAGUUACAUUUUUGUUUUUGGCCACACUAAUGAAUGUUAGGUUUUGGUUUGUGUGGAAAUUUUGACAUAAAAUUACCUGACUUUUUUUCCGCCUUAUAAAUGUAGUGCAAUCUUAUGACUUUAUUCUAAUAACUUAAACACUUUUUUUUCACAUUUUUGGAAAAUAAAUUGGUGUGACUCUUAUACUCCUUUGUAGUAUACUGUACAUAUGCAGAAUAACAAUUGGAGCAUACCCCGUGGGAUACACUGUAGUCAUCUGCAGUUGUUUUUUUUUAUUCCCUGUGACCUGUGAUGCCUGUGUCUGCCUCGGACCGCCAUUUCCAACUACACAAACCCACACACGCGUACAUGCAGUGUAGAUGCUAGCCGAUGCAUAAAAAAAAAAAAUAUCCAUGCAAUGCAACAAUGCUUUUAAAGUACAAUAAUCUUGUCUUGGGGUUAAAAAUCCUGAAGAAGAACAAGCACUCAAUGUUAUAUUGCAUGCGUGGCUACAAAUGAUGAAGAACAGUUACUCAUUAACAUCAAAGCAUCCACAGAGAACUGUGAUUAAUACAUCAAAUGACUGUUUUAAGUUGUUAUUAAUUAGUUUUUUUUACUGGGAUCUUACGUCAGUGUGUUGGAACUUACCUGGGUGUCACCCGGAGACGACUGUCGCAUCCCCGGUAAGACGCACAGCGCCUGAUUUUUUCCAAGAAGCCCUUCAGUUGUCCCUUGAUGUGGUUUACAUCCACAUGGUCUUUCUUUCAUCCUGUUAUUUUGUAUUGUUCCAGAGGGGAGGGUGGGUAAAUUAUUGAAUAGAAGCAUAUUACACAGUACAGCUGGCUUAUUGUAUUUGCACUCGAAAAGGAGAAAUUAUACAUUUUUCAAAAGAAGCGACUGAAUUUGAAACUGAAAGUGUCCUAUAUGUUGUCCCAGGUAAUGUAUACAUUUGAAUUGAUAUGUGGUCCUAUUUUUUUAGUAAUGGGGGCAGUGUCCAAUAUGGAUUUGAAACUUUUUUUAUGUACCUGUCUUGCUUGUGUGCUUUUAUUAUUUUUCUCCCUACCAAUUUAUUCCUGAUUAAUGUUAAAUAAUCAUUGUUUUCAUUGAUCAAGAUUGGCAGAAGAACAAAAACGAUCAAAGACAAAACCCCGACACAUAUUUGUUUAGUCUAAAAAUGUGCCAUUCCCGAGGUUCUAGAAGAAGCUUUAAGAAGGUCCUGCACAAAGGUGUACAGGGUUGUAAUUGCACUUGGUGAUGUUUACAAUGUUCUCUCUUAUGUUUUUCUUUUGUUUGCUUGGGUCACUUAGAACAGGGCUAUUAUAGAACAGAAUGGCUGAGAUCCCAGGAUGAAUGUAAACAUCAGCGCUGCUUUGGCAAAGUGGUCAGAUGUAGACAUGUUUUGGCUUUAUUUUGUUUUUUAAAUGUUCCUAAAAGGUCUUCCAAUAGGGGUUACAUUAGCCUUUCCCCUGAAAUGAAUAGAAAUCUGAAUGAGUCUAAUCUGCCGGCUUUUAGCACUUUCUUUCUUUCUUUUUUUUUAAGUCAUUCUCAUACUAAAAUUACAUGUAUUUUCGUAUUUUCUCAAAUAGUGGCCUCUUUCUAGCAGCCUAAAUUCGACACUUGGUGAGUUGUCUGCUUCAACAAAUCAACGUUUCUCCCUAAAUAGAGGUUUGAAAAGUUUGUAUAACACAUAAUGCACAUUGGCAUGGUCUUACAGUGCAAGUGCAAACAUGAAUAAACUUAAAACAAAUGGAUGAUUUCCAAUAAAUAAAAGCUUAACAAUUGCUAACAAAAUGCACAUAGUGUAGGUGAGGUCUCAUGGCCAUGCAGCAAGUGCAAAUUUAAAAAAAAAAAAAAAACCUUUGUAGAUUAAACAUAAGACAAACAAAAUACACAUAUUCUUGUGGCUGUGCAGCAAGUUCAAAAUAAAA